AUGGACCGUGGUGGAUUCUUGCCAAACAAUACUUGAAUGCGAUGCGUGGGAUAUACUGGCUAAGGAGUCCCCAGGGCAGAGGGCUUGGGUUCGAAUCCCUCCUGGUGCCUCUGUGUGGGUCCCUUCUCCUUUUAGCUUGUCUGUAAGGUGAAGGCUGGCUUGGCUGAUGCCCACUCCACGAUGCCAUGAAUGAAGGAGGAAAUGAAGCCUUCUCACAACCCCUGGCUUCCUUCUAGGCCCUGCUCCCCCACAACCCCAGCCCACCACGUUGCCUGCCUUGUGGGUACCCCUCUAUGAUGUGGGCUAGAAUUUUUUGCCUCCUACAUCAUCUAUACCUGGCGGGGGGCCUGGCGAUUCCUGGCUGCCUGUCGGAGGGGAAGAUGGUGCCCACAAGAGAGGACGUCAGAACCGGAAGGCUCUUUGCGCACCCGUCCAGAUCAACCCCUCCUUCGACAGAUGGGGAAACCGAGGUUCUGGAGGUCAGAGUUGGAACAAGCCAUAAAUCGAGCUGGUAUUGUCCAAGCAGAUGUGCAGCCACCAGGAUUAAAAGUGUGGUCGGAUCCUUUUGGAAGGAAGUGAAGAGGCUUCUGUCUGAUUUGAAUGGGAAAACAAACUUCUACAUAUCCUCUGUUCUGCAACAAAUAGAGAUCAUCUCUGUGGAGUGAUAACUGGAGAAGACAGAAUUUUAUUUAUAAUGAGUAAAUACUAGUAGUUCCCAUAAAUAUUAAUUCCAGGAAUUAAUAUUACAUUUUUCUGAAGUUUCAAAACACCACUGAUGCAAGUUACACUAUUAGGAAGUUGGGGAGGGAGAUGUGAAUUAGUUAACUAAACCUCUCCAUUCUGAGUAGAGAAUAAACCACUUAUUAUUCCAUCUUUACAACCCAAGAGUUAUGAUUUAAAUAUGGGAAGCACAGCACACUUGGGAAGAUCCUUUUACUGUCUUGUGUGUCGCCAUUUCUCAAAUAGGAUACUGAAAUGAAGAUUUCUAUAAGCUGCCUCUUGGGACAUGAAAAUGUUAGAAAAUAUUUUGGCCUCUGCCCAGUCCAUCUUAAUCAUGUCUUGUUGAAGACUACUUAGUUUUUGAAUGUAAAUAGGAAAUAAUGUAAGUGAGAGGUAACAUGAUUUAGUGGAAAGAGUAUUGAGUAUUCAGUCAGAACACUUGGAUUUGAAUUUCAACUUUCCCCCUUACCAGCUGUGUGACACUGGAUCCUCUCUAGAUCUCAGUUUCUCCGCUUGUAAAAAUGGGUAAAUUGGACAAGAUAAUCUGAUCCCUUCCAGCUCUAACAUUCUGUGAUUAAGUUACUUUGCAUACAUGGUGGAAAUAGAUGUAAGAUUAAUACAAGUGUAAAUGUGUACAUUAAAAUCAUUUGUUUAACUUUG